AGGAGGCAGGGAGGGAGGGAGGCUCGGGCUGACAGCACUGGCCCAGGGGGCCCAAGAUGGCCUGGCAAGGACCGACCCGGCCCUGGAGGGGUGGUGGCCGGGCUCGGGGGGGCGGCCGGGGCCACAGGGGCGGGCAGGGUCGGGGCAGGGGGUGGGUGCCACCCACGUCGUCCCCCAUUGCAACCGACGUGAGCGAUAAGUCGUCCGCGUGGCCCUCCCAGUGCUCCCUGUGGGGAGAGGACCAAACGAACGUGGGGCUGGAGCGCGGGUGCCCGGAGAAGCCCUUCGUGACGCAGCCACCGGCACAGAGGAGAUGGUGGCCCGGGGACAGCGGGAAGACCGGGACGCUCGCGACCACCGACGAGUGGCCGUGCCUCUCCCGCAACAACACGUGUCCCGACCACACCCGGAGGCGGCGCGGGGAUGGGCCAGGUCGCUACAACAGCAGCAGCAGCCGGGAAGACAGGGAUUUGUCGCUCGAGGCCCUCGGCAGAGGGACGUCCGGGAAGGCCCCACAGAGAGGCCCCAGGUGGCAGGAUGACGGCGAUGGCGGGGGCGGCGGCGGCGGCGGUGGCGGCGGGAGAACGUGGGGGGGGUCCCCGCGCGACAUCAACGACAGGGGGCCCAGGACUUUCCAGGAGCGGGCGAUGGGCACGCGGGCCCUGUGGGACCUCCUGGAGAAGGAGCCGUCGGAGAUCGUGAUGCGCCUGGCGUCUCCAAUCUGCGGGCUGCGUCCGCUCCUCCAGAAGAUGGAGAUGCAGAGGGACGUGCUGGUGCUGCUCGUGCAGGUGCUGGCCAAGGCAUGCGUCUGCCAGGGCAACCGCAAGAGCCUGCAGCACAUGCUGUCCACCGUCAAAGAGUCGCCCUUCUUCCGCAGGGUGCUGCCGUUCUUUGUGGUGCAAAUGAAGCUCGAGAACGCUCCGGAGAAGCUGGGCAAGCUCUCGGCGCAGAUCGCGGACAUCCUGGCGCUCCUCUCCACCAUCAUCGGCACGUUCCCGGCCAGCGCGAUUGCGGACGUGUCCCUGCUGCUGAGCGCCGUGGAGGGCAGCGUCAACUACCUGAAGCUCUGCGGCGUCGCCCUCGACGCCAAAGCCGAGAAGGCUUACGAGGAGCUGAAGAAGCUCACAGACUUCCUGCUCAACAAGAAGCGCGAGGGCAACCUCCGGUCGGAUGCCGCGGCGCUCAGGGGCGACCCGUCGUCGCGCCCGCCGGAGGACUUCCACACGCUGUCCAUCUACCCGACGUACGCCGAUAUUCACGAGAAGGCCGAGCCGUUCAUCCGCGCCAACGUGGUCCGCGGCGGCUACCCGGACGUGGCCACGUACCUCGACACGCAGUUCCGGCUGCUGCGCGAGGACUUCCUGAGGCCCCUGCGCGAGGGCAUCGCGGAGCUGCUGAGCGUCGCGGGGCACGAGCAGCAGCAGCAGCGGCAGCGGCGGCGUCGCUACGACGACAUCCGCGUGUACCACGACGUGCGGCUCGUGUCGCCGUCCUGCUCUUCGGUGGGCAUCAUCCACAACGUGAGCUUCGACGUGCGCCCGCUGCGCUCCGUGCGCUGGGACAACUCCAAGAGGCUGCUGUUCGGCUCGCUCGUGUGCCUCUCGCGCGACAACUUCGACAGCAUGCUCUUCGCGUCGGUGGCCAACCGCGGCUGCGAGGACCUCCGCCAGGGCCUCGUGAGCCUCUGCUUCAGCAAGGAGAGCCGGCGGGAGCUGCCCGACGUCAAGCCGUCGGACGUCUUCCUCAUGGUGGAGACGACGGCAUACUUCGAGGCGUACCGCCACGUGCUGGAGGGCCUGCAGGAGGCCGAGGAGGUCGACUUCCCGUUCCGCCGCUACAUCGUCGAGUGCCAGAAGGACGUGGAGCCGCCCGACUACCUGGCCACUCUGCCCAGACCAAAGUACGACUUCAGCCCCGUGCUGCACACGGAGCUGCCGGACGACUCGUACCUGCACCUGCUCGAGCCGCGCCCGAUGGUGGACGUGGUGGACGCCCGGCAGUGGCCCAGCGCUGACGACCUCCGGCUCGACGAGUCGCAGGCGGAGGCUCUGAGGCUGGCGCUCAGCCGGGAGCUCGCCAUCAUUCAGGGCCCGCCCGGCACCGGUAAAACGUACGUGGGGUUGAAGAUCGCUCAGCUGCUGCUCCACAACGCACCCGUGUGGCAGAAGGGCCAGCCCAGCCCCAUCCUCGUGGUGUGCUACACGAACCACGCCCUCGACCAGUUCCUGGAAGGCAUCGCGCGCUUCGAGAAGGACCUUGUCCGCGUAGGGGGCCGCAGCACCAGCGACGUGAUGAAGAAGUUCUCGCUCAAGGAGCUGCGCAACUCGGCCGACUUCCGCCGGAAAAUACCACCGCACCUGCGCACGACCUUCUCCGCGAUCUCCCAGGACAUGCGGCGCCUGCGGCAGAGGAUCGAGCAGGAGGCGGCUCACCUGCGCGCGGCGCAGCAGGGCGUGCUGCGCGAGCGCGUCCUGCAGCCCUGCAUCGCCAGCGACCACCUCGCGCAGCUCAUGGCGCGCCCGCAGGAGAAGGCCGGUGGUCGGCGUGCGCCCGGGCGCCAGUCGUCGCGCAUCCUCGAGUGGCUGGGCAUCGGUGGCUCCGUGGCGGAGGCGGCGCUGUCCGUGGAGACGCUGCUGGAGGAGGCGGACGACGUCAUCGAGGAGACCUCCACCGACCCAUCGGACGAUGAAGGCGAGUGGAUGGGCAGCGGUCACCUACUCGCCGGCGAAAAGCACGGAGCGGCAGCGGCAACGGUGGCGGUGGCUGCGGCAGCGGCGAAGGCCGAUAAACACGGCCGGGGCGGCACCAGAAGGGAGCGGGCGCCUCCCACGGAGCACAGAGAGCGGCCGCACGAGAGGGGCGACCGGGCACCAUCGAGGAACGACGAGCGCAGGAGGGAAGCCGUCGCCACCGAGGACGGCGUCGGCGUGAGCGACGGCAGUGACGAGGGCGACCUGAUCCGCGUGUCGGGCGAGGCGGAGCUCAUCCAGGACUCGCGGUUGAUGGAGGACGACAUGGAGGCGGCGAGGGGCCGCGGGAUCGACGGCGAAGCCCAGUGGCUCGCUCAGCUGCAGCGGAAUAUCAUGGCCAUGUCCCUGCAGGACGACGAGCAGGGGGCACAGGCGGAGCAGAAGCACAGGGCCCGGGAUGGCGGCGGGUGGCAGGUGGUGUGCAACCCCAAACGCCAGCGGCACGCGGCGCGGAGGGAACUGCGGAAGACGAGCUGCAUGACGCAGGAGGAGGAGGCCAACGUGCACGACAUCUGGGCCCUGACGCUGCCCCAGCGCUGGCAGCUCUACAGGCGCUGGGUGCAAAAGUACCAGGCGGAGAUCCGCUGGCAGAUCCAGACCCACGAGAGCGAGUACCAGACGGGCGCCGAGAGGCUCGCGGACGUGCGGGAGGAGGAGGAGCUCGCCAUUCUGCGCCAGGCCCGCGUCAUCGGCAUGACCACCACCGGCGCGGCCAAGUACCGGCACACGCUGCAGAAGAUCCGGCCUCGCAUCGUCAUCGUGGAGGAGGCCGCCGAGGUUCUGGAGGCGCACAUCGUGACCACGCUGAGCCCCGGCUGCCAGCACCUCAUCCUCAUCGGAGACCACCAGCAGCUGCGUCCGAGUGCCACGGUGUACGAGCUCGCCACGCACUUCCACCUUGAGGUGUCCCUCUUCGAACGCCUCGUGCGCAACGGCCUGCCCUUCGUGAGGCUGCAGUACCAGCAUCGCAUGCGGCCGGAGAUCGCGCGGCUCCUGGUGCCGCACAUCUACACGGAGCUGCGGGACCACCCGUCCGUGCUGGCAUACGAGGACAUUAAGGGCAUGGGGACCAACCUGUUCUUCGUGGAGCACUCGGAGCUGGAGGAGGAGGUGGCCGACUCGAGGAGCCGCCACAACCGGCACGAGGCGCGCUUCGUGGUGGCGCUGUGCCGCUACCUCAUCCUGCAGGGCUACCGCCCGGCACAGAUCACCGUGCUCACCAUGUACGCCGGCCAGCUGCUGGCGCUGCGCCGCAUGAUGCCGCGCGACCCCUUCCAGGGCGUGCGCGUGUGCGUCGUCGACAAGUACCAGGGCGAGGAGAACGACAUCGUGCUGCUGUCGCUCGUGCGCAGCAACGCCGAGGGCCGGCCGGGUUUCCUGCGCAACGAGAACCGCGCGUGCGUGGCGCUGUCGCGCGCCAAGCGGGGCCUCUACGUCGUGGGCAACGCCGCGAUGCUGGCGGCCACCGUGCCGCUGUGGGCGCGCCUCCUGCGGGCCCUGCGCUCCGAGGGCCGCGCGGGCGAGGGCCUGCUGCUGCGCUGCCAGGCGCACCCGGACCGCGAGGUCGUGGCGGCGCGCGACUCCGACUUCCGGCGCGCGCCCGAGGGCGGCUGCACGCUGCCGUGCGAGUUCCGCCUGCAGUGCGGCCACGUGUGCACGCGCGCCUGCCACCCGUACGACCCGGAGCACGUCGAGUUCCUGUGCCUCAAGCCCUGCCAGAAGGUGCUGUGCGCCCUCGGCCACCGCUGCCCCAAGGCGUGCUGGGAGAAGUGCGGCGAGUGCGAGGUGCCGCUCGAGAAGAAGAUCCCGCAGUGCGGCCACGCUCAGCGCGUGCCCUGCCACGUGCCGCCGGAGGAGUUCGCGUGCCAGGUCCCCUGCCGCAAGACGCUGCGCUGCGCCCACCGCUGCCGCCGGGCGUGCGGCGCCGCCUGCGAGAGCAAGUGCAAGGAGACGGUGGACGCCGAGCUGCCGUGCGCCCACCGCAAGGAGGUGGCGUGCCACACCGACCUGGCCGGCGUCGCGUGCUACGCGCCGUGCCCCGCCGCGCUCGACUGCGGCCACCCGUGCCGCGGCAGCUGCCGCGAGUGUCACGAGCAGCGCUUCCACAAGGAGUGCGCGCAGCCGUGCCAGCGCGCGCUCGUGUGCGGCCACCGCUGCCGCGAGCCCUGCACCCGCGACUGCCCGCCCUGCGCGCUGCCCUGCGAGAACCGCUGCGUGCACAGCCGAUGCCGGCGCCCGUGCGGCGAGACGUGCGCGCCCUGCGUCGAGCCGUGCGAGUGGCGCUGCCCGCACCGCGCCUGCGGCCGCCUGUGCCACGAGCCGUGCGACCGGGGGCCGUGCGACCGCCCGUGCGAACUGCCGCUGCGCUGCGGCCACCCCUGCGCGGGCCUGUGCGGCGAGCCGUGCCCCGACAAGUGCCGCGUCUGCGACGGCGCCGAGCUCGCCGAGAUCUUCUUCGGCAGCGAGGACGAGCCCUCGGCCCGCUUCGUGCAGCUCGAGGACUGCAAGCACGUGCUCGAGGCGUCCGGCCUGGACCGCUGGAUGUCCCAGGACGAGGACGGCAAGGAGGGCGACGCGACGUCCAUCCGGCUCAAGGUCUGCCCCAAGUGCCGCACGCCCAUCCGGCGGAACCUGCGCUACGGCAACGUCAUCAAGAAGACGCUCCGCGACAUCGAGGAGGUGAAGAGGAGGAUGCGCGGCGGCGACAGGUCGGCCACGCGCGGCCAGAUCGUCCUCCUGCAGGACAAGUUCAGGAGGAACCACAGCAUGAUCCUGUACUACUACAAGGAGACCAACAAGCUGCAGGAGAUGCUGGACGGCAACGACGCCUCGCUGUCGCGGCUGCACACGCUCGAGAACGUCAUCGUCAUGUUCCAGAAGGUGACCGAGCUGAAGCUGCAGCUGGAGACGCACAGCAUGGCCGGCGCCGAGCGGAGCCGACGGGUGGACGGGCGCCUCAAGGAGUUCCUCGGGUGGCUCGUGCAGCCUCGCAGCCGCCUGGGCGAGCAGGAGCUCCGGGACCUGCAGACGGAGCUGCUGCGGCUCACGAUGCUCGCCGAGCUGUGGUGCCGCUACCAGCGCGUGGCCGCGGCCGGCGGCGGCGGCGGCGGCGUCGCGGGGACCCUGGCGGACGCCCAGGACGCGCUGCGGCUGCUGGAGGCGCGCGGGAGGUUCUCGGCCGAGCGGGAGGCGGCCGUCAAGGCGCUCAUGGCCAGGGUGCGCCAGCGACUGCCGCUGUCGGGGCUCGGCGUGUCGGAGGGCGAGCGUGUGGACAUCGUCAAGGCCAUGGGAUUGGCUCAGGGCCACUGGUUCAAGUGCUCGCGGGGCCACGUGUACGCCAUCGGGGAGUGCGGCGGCGCCAUGGAGCGAGCGCACUGCCCCGAGUGCGGCGACGUCAUCGGCGGCGUCAACCACCUGCUGGAGCGCGGCAACGCCCUCGCCUCCGAGAUGGACGGCGCCCGCCACGCCGCCUGGUCCGACACCGCCAACGACAUGAUGAACUACCGCGACCUGCUGCGCCUGCAGUUCCAGUGAUGCACCGGCAGGAGUGGUGGUGGCCGGGGGGGGGGGAAGAGUUGGGGGGCAUAAGGGAGGGAGAGAAGGAUGAGCGGAGGUCAUGAGGUCAUCGGGGCGAAGGGCAUAGAAGAGAAUUGGGGCGAAAGGGUAAAUUGGCCAAUGAAGAAAUAGUGAAGUAUACACCAGCGCCAAGGAGCCAACGCGUGUUAACACGGGCGCGGCUUAUCCGUAUUGAGAGCUUUCUCUCCCCAGUGUGACGCUGCACCAAACACUCAUCUUUAGGCCAGGUGGAUGCUAUGGGAGGCAGAAGUCAUGGGGUUUAGGGCAAUGGGCCUAGGGUGUGGGCUAGAGGGGCAUAGACACUUCAGCAACGUUUGGUGCUUGGUCUUGGUUCUUAAAUGUUAUUAUCUGUUAUUUGUCAUUUUUAUACAAUGCAAAAAAAUCCUACACAUAUGAACUUAAUAACAAUAAAAUACUUGCGAGCGACAAUUUAAUAUGGGGAAAUCACUGAGAGCCAUGUUUUCAUGAAAUCAAACGUUAUUUCCGUAGGCGGGAGGGAAUUUUCAUCUUUUAGUUUUUAUGUGGUUAUUGGUAUAGCUUUAUUUUUCAGAGUUGUGAGAGCACGGUUAAAGUUUAUUCAUCCGUAUUUAUUCAGGAUGGCGGUGCAACCAGCAGAGAUCGACUACGUAGUGCGCGUGAAUUAAGACUUUUACACUGGUGAGAAACCAAAAGAAAUACAACAAAAUAAUACGCGAGAAGCAUAAAAGGACCUUUUACAUCUCAGACACAGUGCUGGCUUCACCGUUUAGCAGUGCAGCGGCGACAUCGGUGAGUGGUGAUUUUCUCUUGGUAAGACAGACCCCCCCCCCCGUGAGUCCAUUCUUUUGUGUACAAGAUCCACAGGUGCAGCUGCGAUGUGGAGUCUGCCAACGCUUACCGGGGGGUGACGGUGGAUGUUUCCCAAUUUCUGUAGGAGGUGGGGAAUUUCACCUCUUGCAGAUCACUGACCUCGUGGCCUGUACGAAACCUGGGGUGAGGUCAGGUUGACAUUUUACCAUAUUUCUUAAUGCUAACAAUGUCUGCAUUUUUUUCUUUUAACUACAUUUACCCCUAAUAUCCUUUACAAAACAAACCAAUUACUUCCAAGUCCUUUGGCUAAAUAAAAGGACGUCUUGUAUGUGCUGUGAGCUGGAUCUCAUUUUACAAGCACUGAUUUUCAACAGGGCCCCAAAGAAAACAAAACUAAAAACUGGGUCCCCUCUCAUGCACAGCUUUUUAAAUUCCUUUGAAAUCCUGCCAGGGAUCUUUAUGAAAAUCCCGAUUGACUUUUUACAGCGCAACUUGCUUCUGGGAACACGCAUUUUUCAAAUCCAACCUUUGCUAUAUCACGGCGACGGACACUUAACGCUAGACUGGAGACACAAACCUCCUGCCCUACGUUGCGUCCUCAAUCUCCCCGCCCUCCAACCUCCUGCCCACGACAGCAGUCGUUUUCCUCGCCCGUAAACGACUCCCCCUACCCCCCCCCUCCAACCCGCUCUCUCCCUCCGUUUCCCACUCUCGCUGCUCACCCCGCAGUUGAAAGGGCAGCCACAUCAUUCGCGCACCCAGGGCGUACCCGCCACCUGGGACACUACUGACAGGGUCUGAACACACAGGGACAUCAUUCGCCAGCGCACUGGCACGGGCCGGUAAACGUUUCAACGCUUCGCGGUGCACUUUUGCACGCGUUUAUCCAGGGGUGGCCAAACCGCGUGGAUCCCAUGAAGUUGCGAAUGCAGGUCGGCCAAGUAAUUGGCAACUCUUCCAACGUGACUUAAUUUGAAAACGGGAAGGAAUCUGCGAAAACGAGGGCGGGGGGGGGGGGGUUGUUGAACGGCCGCCGAGAAACUCGCUCCUGGCACCUGGCAGUGGGGCCAGACGCGAAAACUCCCUGGGGGGGCGCUUCCGCAGAUUUCUAAAUUCAAAUGUCCACAGCGACCGUCCGAACACCGGCGGCCCCCGAAUGAGGAUUUUGCCGUGCGGCUCACAGGGUCAUGAAUCUGGAUUGAAAACUCACAUUUUUUUUUAAAUAUAUGUAACUGCUUUUUUGCGUUUAGUUUGUUGUCCGUCCCCCGCGCCUCCGAUUAGCCACGGUUGGCUACGUAACGGUGCGGAAGACGUGCAAACAAACGUGCAUGCAUGAAGUUUGGCCACCCCUGUUAUGGUGGGUUUUUUUUUUUAGCAAUAUUCACUCGUUUGAAAGCUAUCCUGCAUACUUGCCCUACGUUAUCAUUUUCAUUAUUGUUUUGGUGAUUGCAGGAAAAGUGAAGGGAACAAUCAUUAAGAUAAUAAUGAUAAUGAACACAUUCACAUACAGUGUAUGUUCCCCAUCCUCUACACUUUUACCUAAGUCUACCGACGGCUUUGUCAUACAGAGGAAUCCCUACCCCAGCACAAUUAUAUUAUAGGAAUACAUAUAUAUUAUAAAUGGAAACUCAAUGGGUGCUUAUUAAAAUAAAGGAGAGCUAGAAUAUGAUGAUUAUUAAUCACUGGAGGGGCAACAAACCCUGCUCACGAAAUGUUACACUGGAGUGUGCAGCAGUGAACUGCAGGCUCUGAAAACGUUGGCACAUUGGCAAGGAAGACACGGAAGCUGCAGAGGCAACAUGAAUACCGUUCACUCCGGAUUAUGAGACGCACUUCUUUUCCCCUGUGUUUGAAAGAAAAAAAGCUGGCGAGUGCAUCUUAUAAACCGGAAGUGCGUGCGUGUGUGUGUGACAAGGUUUGUGUAACCUCAUUGACACUGGGCACAGUUUUGGGGUGCGACGUGCUUUCCGGAGCGUCUUACGAUCCGGAGAAUACGGGAAGGAUGAUAAUUGUGAAGACGGUCACGGCGGUCGAGGCUUUUAAGAGACUGAAUUGGUGGUGGAUCACAAUCACAAAUACCAAAAAAUGUCACCGUGUUCAACGACAUUACCCGAUAACAUUAAAUAAAUAUAGCGGGAACACGUCCGACUGGAUUGUCACUGCAAAGAUGGAGUAAUCAAAUCAGCCCAUGCACGGAUGCUCUCGAUGGCUUGCUGCAUCGCAGGCCCGCGAGAGAUGGCGAUAGCUUUGGCACGCAUCUAUCGAGCCGUAGAUUUGUCGUGGCUUAUGGUGACGAUAGCAACCCAUUGUUUGAAGCAAUGGCCCCUUCCUUCGGAACAGAGAGAGCAGGGAUAUUAACCGAGAUAUAUUUAAAAAUUACUUUACACUGCGGUUCCCCUAAGACUUUGACAAAAGUUGGCUAUAAGUGUUGAAUCGACACAUUCGAAUGUGGUGACUUUUUUUGUUGUUGUACCUCAUCUGGCCACGACAACCAAGUUGUGUGAGAGCACAACACAACGUUGUUUGAUCCUCACCAAAUAACGAUCUCCAACCGCCGCCGUAAAAAUUGUCUUUCGGGGUCAGCACGAGCGUUCACCGAUAAUGUCGCAGUUCAACAAUGCCAUUUUAUUUCUCAAUAACGAUUCUGAUUGCUUUUGCUUGCUAAAAAUGUGCUUUUGUAUUUUCAGAAUUGUGGUGGGUGUUUUUUAAAUGCUUCGUGGGCUUCACCAACAACGCCCAAUAGGAUGAUUUAAAAAGUAUAUAAGUAUCUAAUUAUGCUCUCCGGCAAGUGUGCAACCGAUUAGGUUACGCGAUUAGGUUACACGUUACCCCUCUCGGCCCCGCGCUUUGUCUGUGCCCGCUGGCCACGCGUCGAACCUGCACAGCGGCGGUAGUGCGAAAGCACACACGGAGGCCUGCGGCGUUGGUGCCCUCCAAAAACCAACGCCGCCUGCUACCGCGCCCUAAAAUCCGGCUAGCCACCGUGCCCAGGUACCUCUGCUGACGCCUUACACUUCAAACUUCGAUUCAUCGUAGAAACCUUCGCAGUGCGUCGCAGAACCUCCUUGAAACUCCCAGGACAGGGACCGUCAUGGCUUCUCGUCGUUUCUCAGUCCCCGACCCACCUCCCGUCAUCUGGAAUGUCAUCCCCCAAAUUUACAUCCGUAACGAUCGAUCGUUUUCUUCGUUCAAAGACCAUCUAAAGGCGCGUGUCUUUAGCUCGACAUUUAACCACCGAGUCUCCCUGGAACCGCUCCUCAGAAUAGCAUCUUCGGUCCGCAACAUUGCGCGCGUUAUAAAUUGUAUCAUUUUUAUUAAAUGACAACAACAACAACAAAAAACCCGAGGCGUUACGAAUCAGACGAGCGAUGCACAAACCGCGAGAGAGAAAACAAAUCGUACGUGAAUUCGUGAGCACUUGAGAGCAUAAUUAAAUAUCCUGUUGGUCACAAUAUGUUGGAGACGUGCGUCUCCCAAGUCAAACCGCAAGGUGUUGUCAUGAACUACUGAUCCGCACGCUCUGCACAAGGCAGGGUGUUCAGUGGCGUAACUAUCGAGUGUGCAGGCGCUGCAACUGCACCAGGGCCCAACGGCCAAAGAGGCCCACGCGCAGGGUUUUAUGAAGACGGGAGCUGAUGGGACACGAGGAUGCCCCCGUGCAUGGUUAUUCCUUGCUCCAGUGCCCAUGCCAACACGCUACGCCACUUGCAGCGCGUGAUUAAUGAUGGUGGUCGAGCGAGGUGAAAUGUAUUCUCAGAGCUUUCGAUCGGACGUGGCUUUGAACCUCCAGUCCCUUGGGACCACCGCAAGUACAUUUAUCCGGCCGUCGUACCCGUCGAUGUCGCCCGUGGUUAAGUAGCGCCUGCCCGGCCGCUUGUUGAAAGCAAGAAGAUUCGAAAGCACGAUUCGGCUGCUCGGAAGCGCUGGCUCGGUCACGUCGGGUCCCAGGGUACUGGAGACCGGGGGGAGGGGGACCUUUUUCAGAGUCUCGGUGAAAUGCGUCGUCGUUUAAACCUCCGCAUGCGGGAACGUACCGAGAGCACAUUUCUUCAUGCCACACACACCCUUUGUGUUUCUCGUGAAAGUUGUAUCUAGAGCUAUUCCUUAAAUUACGUGCCAUUUUAAACAAAAUUAUACUUCACAAAGUAGAAAAAAAUAUAUAUAGACAAAUUAUAUGUUUGUGUAGCAUUAGUCGCAAACUAAAUGCCUCUGAUAAUUAAGCCAUAGAGUUUUUUUGGUGCUUGGUAGAAUUCCUUGCGUUCGUCAUUUAUGGCCAAGAAGAGGCCACAGCGGCAGCUUCUGGCCGGGUUUACAGCGUCAGCGCAGGGUGCCUCACGGCUUUGCGUUCGCGACGCGAGGACGGAGCGUGGCCCUACCUCUGAUCCCCACGCGCGUGUCCAACUCAUCCCUGGAGUGGUGAUGGAGGAAUUAAGACUUUUAAAGUGGGGGGAGGGGGUACAGGUGGGGAUAAGGGUGGGAGGGGUGGGAGCAUGGCACAAGACAUGGUGCCUGGGCCGGUGACUCCUAGAAGAUCAUUUUGAGUUUCACGUGGGCACGUGGGCACGUGGGAACCGUGGGCACGUGGGCACGUGGGCACGUGGGCACGUCGGUGUGUGGCGGAGGGGGGGGAACUCAUAAUUAAGGCUACGAUUUUGGCACGGAGGUCAUGGGUGGUCACAUAAAUUGUGACUACGAACAAAGUCGGAAAAGCGGUGGAAAUGGGCUGCAGGGACAUUGGAUUAGGCGCUUCCUUCAUUUCCUUUCAACGAUGCCGUACGACGAGGAGGGUGCUGCUGCAGUAGCAGCAGCAGCAGGGGGCAAAGCCUCGACCUUUACUCCCGUCACAUUUCCACGAAUCGUUUUUUCCUGCACCACGGCCGUGAAUUCCGCUAAAUAUUACGGUGCCAAAAUUGUAGCCUUACUCAUAAUUGAGCAGCUACAGGCCCUGUGAACACAGUCCCAUCACCAGCAUUCAUCUUGGGUGCAUGCGUGCGUGCGUGCAUGCGUGAGUUUUGAUUUAAGUGGAUAAUUAAAUAUUGGGGGGGGGGGGGGUCGGGCAAUUUGAGAUAAAAUCUGGAUGGCUUUGGCAUUUUGAACCAACCAUCAAGUGAUUUGUGUCUGGGGUCCUUUAAAGACCACUGCGACAGAGUCGUGGCGCAGAAGAUUUCAAUUAAAACAUAUCCACGUUUCAGGAACUGUUACUCUUAUCUGGUUUAUAGUUCAUGCUGUAAUGCGCAUACCACAGCUCGACUGGACUGACAAAAAAUGUCGCCAAAAGCAGCAGCAGCAGCACCAGAAUCAACUCUGCCUACAAAGCGGCUGCGUGAGAGCCGGGGAUUGUUCCUACCGAAAUCCAAAAAUGCUCUGAACAAUGAGCGGAGCCCCAGGGUCACGAUACGCCGUGACCAGGCCCUCAUUCCUCACCGAAUAUUUUCCAGACUCCUUGGUAGACCUGGAGUAGGUGGCACAUGACUAGAAGCCACAGCCGGAGUGAGAGAUGCACUCGUUGUUGUGUGCCCGGUUUGGAAAUAUUCUCCGGGUCACCAACCCAGAAAGACGUAUGUGGAAUUCAGCUCUGGUCACUGAAUUGCCAUUCCUCGUUACCCUCCAUGGUAUUGUAUUUCCACGUUUUCCCAAUUUCAUCCGAUCAAAACAAAAUUAAGUGCUUGCACACUGCACGCACCUGACGAUUGUUAAAAUACAUCGCGCGUUGCGGAGAGAGCGCCAAUUCAAAUUCGGGAAGCCCUCUGCGCAACGCUGGACGGUGCUUUUAAAAGAUCGGGCGCAUUCAGCGCAUUGCGACUUAAUUUGUGAGUGCACGGAGAAGCUUGGUAAACAUGGAAAGGCGGAAAGUGCCGGGUUGCAAGGGCUGCCGGUUUGGGAGAACCUGCGACAGCGCAUGCAAAUAUCGCGUUGACAAAUUGUGAUGGAUGAUCCAUGCAUUAAAAAAGCCCAGUGGGUCGUGAGUGUGCAUGGUUUAAAAAAAAACAGCUCAAAUAAAGCACAAGCAAAAACCAAAGCCAAUUGAGAACUGGGUUCAACCCAGGGGCUUGGCCAGGUGUGUGCGGGGGACUGGCAGGUGAAAGAGCACCUGGCAUGUGAGGGGAAGGCGGAGGGCGUUUCACCACUCACGCUCCAGAGUGCAUUUCCACCCGAGUGGAAAUUGCAGUACGAUUGAGAGAUACGCAGAUAUCCACCAUUGCGAAUUAAUUCACGUUCAGCCCUUGUAUUUGGUGUAUUUGUAGUAGGAGAAUGUAAUCUUGGGUUUAGGCUUCAAGCUUUGCUUGCUCGCUUGAUGCAUGAUUUCAUUCAGAAUAUGAACCGUACAAAAGCACAUAAAUAACAGUAUAUAGGAAAUAUAUAUGAAGAGUGGGUAAGAAUUUAGCAGGUUAAUUAAAUGUGACUGGGUGUGUAAUUUUUUUUUUCCCACAGUGAUUGGUAGGAAACAAGAUCGCAAGGUUUUGGCUGACUGGCCUUUUUAAGCAAAGCUAUCCUAACUCAACAAAAAAAUCCUGUUAUUGCCGUCAUCCAUUGCGUACGUUGACUGAAGUGGCAACUCUAUACGUAACAAGUAUAUGCACUCACCAACUAAUAGUCACCAUCCCUCGUGCAGCAUUGUAGCUAUAACCUGGUCUCGCUUGCAAACUAAGAUUGUUUCUGUGACAGUCUCAGCAUUUGGCUUUAGAGGAGUCAAUGGACUGGCAUUCCGAAGUCUAAACCACACAUACAACUCACUGCGUGGAUUUUAUAUAUAUCAGCAUACUGUUACUAUAUACUGGCAUAUGUCUCCUAUAGUCCACAUCAUGAGAUUCACUCUCCCUGCUUAUAUCUAGUCAAAUGUCAACAUUGCACAAAAACCUCCUAAAAAAAAUCUGUGGUGUUCUCACCUAACUCAUACGAGCGUCUUUGGUAGGUCCAAGGGUUAAGAAGGAAGAUGUGGUGGUGAUAGCGGUGUCGGUGGUGGUGAUGACGGUGUCGUUGGUAGUGGUGGUGGUUGUGGUGUUUGAGGUUUCCCGUCACAUUGUACGACGUUUCCCCGUCACGUUUUUUUUGCGUUCCUCCUACGCAGUCUUGUUAUGAAAUGUAGGCACGAGCGUUUGUUAAAUCGACAUCCCAUAAUAACAUCUUAGAGAGUGCGGUAAAUCGUGUGCCGUUCAGUUUGAUCAUGAUGCUUGUAUGCUAGUGAAUGUGUAGCCUAACUGUGGAUGAAUUAUUACAGGAAUAUUAAUGUGUCAAUUGAGCUCCUGGUUUUUAGACCCUAACCCUAUCCCCUGUAUGAACAUCCUGCAGUGUCUUUCCGUGUGGCUGAUUAAAGGGCAAGUUCAUGAAUUAAAGAGGCAUGUUUGAAUAACAGAAAUAAGGAGUUGCUAUGUGUAUCACAGAUCUGUACACUUGCCACAUUUUCCAACAAAACCAGGCAAUAAGGGUUUACACACGAACAAUAUAAGAACCAUGUAUAUCCCAUCUAUCAAUCCACUGCUAGGUAAAGGCCUCUCCACAUCGUGAGGUUGUUUGACCAAACUUCAUCAUAUUGGUCAGUGGGAGUUGACGAAGUAGAAGGAGGGGUGUAGGAUCGCUUCAGAUGUAACUCACCACUGACGUUUGCCAUGGCUGGUAUCCCAACUCUGUUGAGUUCAUAGCGCGAUACGCGAACCCACUGCACCACCGCUACCCCAUCCCCAUAUGGAAAUAAAUAUAUUCAGCUCUAAACCAAUAUAACCUCUGCACAGUUGAUGCAUUUACCAGUUGCUAACUACUAGGAUGCACGCCAUCUGGAUAGUCCCCAACAUCAUCUGGCUUCUGUCUGCAAUCGAAGACCACAAGUAACAAUCAGGAAAGUGUUAACAAUUACAACACUGGACGAUUUAACAACAAAAAAACAUCCCCUCUAUGCAUAGCAUGCAGGGCCCUUUUGUCGAUACACUGGUGACCUCCCCCCACACAGUACACCGUGUGGAUCGUGGGGCUUAUUUUGACUCUACUUCACCGUGCUUCUUGGCCAGUGUUGGUUGAAGGUGGGAAGCGUAGAAGUACAUCACAACAGCCGAUAUCGCUCAACCGAUCUCUGCCGACAACACGGCUCAACAGCGGCCUACGACACCUAUCGUAGCGACUACGGCGGUUGCCCAUCAGAGCACUUUCCAGGCCCUAACCGUGCUUGGGCUUUCGAGAUCCGAUGAGAUUGGGUUGUUAUUCAGCGGGAUUUGGUCACAGGCGUCAUGUUACUUAAGCGCAACACAAUUUUAAAAGAUCAUCCCGCGUUUGCCAUUUCCUUGCUCAUGGCCAUCCAGUUGUCUCACAUGCGACCCUGCAUUUAGUGGAAUCAGCGUAUGAAUGGCUGAGCCAACCAUUGCAUUCACACUUCAUGCAAACACAAAAAGCUUGAAUUAUACUCACAAUUGCGGCGAGGGUGUUAAUUAGCACAUUUAAAAUUUGAAUUUUUAAGGACGUGUGCUUUGAUCAAGUCGUAGCUUGAUUUGAAUUUUGUGAGUAUGCAUUUGUUAUGAGUAGAGUUAAUGGAAUAUAAACGUGCACUGUUUUUUGAACGUUCACUAUUAAACCAAUUAAUUUUAAAAUCUG